AUAAGGCGCCGAUCGCGAAGCCAACCCACGGAACCAUUUAUGUGGCCAAACAGUUCCCGAAGUGGCAGUCGAUUAUCUUGAAUACCAUGAAAGCUGAAUACGAGGAUAACAAGAAAAAACUUCCGGAAAACAGUGUAAUUGCGUCCAAACUGUCAAAAGUUCCCGAUUUAAAGAAAUACAUGAAAAAAGUGAUGCCAUUCGCGGAACACAGAAAACAAAUGUUCGCAGAGUUUGGCGAAAGUGUGUUCAACGAGACGUCGGCGUUCAGUGAGAGGGAUGUCCUCAACGAAAAUAUAGCAUAUUUAAUGUCAACCCUGGACUUAGAGGGUCUGGACAUUGAGUUCUCGGACGCGGCCGAAGAGCGCAUACAAGACGAGACGUGUCCGGGAGAGCCAUUCAUUGUGUUUCGAGUCGAUCCGUCG